CGGAAAAUAGUUGAAAGUCAAGAAAAACUCGACAGAAAGGAUGUUAAAGCGUCCGGGGCCCCUGAGUCCGGGCGGUGUUGAGCACAUAAAACUGGAUAGAGCAAUUGCAUCAGUACUAGUCGGGCACUGUGCCCCUGUCCAUGUAACUGGUCUGCCCUAGGGUGCCAUGGCCACGGGAACCCAGGGCCACCGUGACCACGUCCUGGAGAAAGCCAAGCCCGCACCACCCACGGGGAGGCGCAGGAGAGCAGAGGGAAAGCAGAAGAAGAAUUUCCCCUGCCAGGAGUGCCAGAAAGCUUUCAACAGUCUGGAAAAGUUGAAGGUGCACUCAUACUCUCACACAGGAGAAAGACCCUACCGCUGCUCCCACCCCGACUGCACCAAGGCUUUCGUCUCCAAAUACAAGCUGCUACGGUACAGACAAGCAGCAGUGUAUAGCAGGCUGCAGCAUGUUGCUUUUCUCUUUACACAUUUGAUAACAUAG